GAAAAAGAGAAAGAAGGGGGCGGAGCGCGGAGCAUGUAAACAUAACCACAUAACCAACUCCAUUCGUCGAUUCGUCGGCUCGGCUUUCUGGUCAUUAAAGAAAAAAAGUUACAACAAAUCCUAAGACCUUUGAUGCUUUGAUGUUUCUACCUUGCUGGAGUAUUAUUUUGUGAAGCCAUUAUGAUCGCCAAGGAGCAAUUGAAGGACAAGAUACGGAAUGCUUGCAAUGUUGCAGAAGAAUUCACAAAGUUAUAUUAUGAAAGUAUAGAUCGUAUGCGACAUCAAUUGUCGAGGCAUUAUAUUGACACAGCAGUACUUGUUUGGAAUGGAACGGGAUCUGUCGGUAAAGAUCAAAUCCAAAAGUUUUUGGAAGCCCUACCUUCAUCCCAACACACUGUUACAUCUCUAGACUGUCAGCCUGUACUCGAAGAAGCUGUGGCUGGGCAAUUUACAUUACUUAUACAGGCCGCUGGCCAUGUUCAUUUUGGCAGUGGCGAAACAAAACCGUUCCAACAGACAUUUCUAAUAACUGCAGCUGCCGACAAGUGGAAGAUUGUUAGUGACUGUUUUCGGUUACAGGAACCUAUUGAAUCUUGAAUAUGAGAGAAGAGCUUUCAGUGCAAGCAAUGUAAUAAAAGCAAACAGUAUCUCAGCAUUUUAUAAUGCUGAGAUAUAAUUAAAACUUUCAUUUUUUUAGUUGA